GAGUGAAACUCUGUCUCAAAAAAAAAAAAGAAAAAAAAAAAAGAAAGUAACUCCUGUAGCACUGCUUCAAGUUAUGGAUUCUAUGGGGAUGAUUAACAAAUCACAUCCACAUAUAGAAUCAGUGGGAACGACUCCAACACCACAACAUCAAGCCAUAGAGUCAGUGAAGAUGAACACAUUAUUGAACCAUCAAGUCACAAAACCAGAAAAGAUUAAGGCCACAAUGUGCAGUUAUGGAAACUGUGGAAAUGAUGCCAGGGCCACAGCAUAAAGUCAUGGAAUCAGUUGGCAUGACCUCAGGAUCACAAAGUCAAGUCAUGGAACAAGGAAAGACUAUUCCAGGGCCAAUAUGUCAAGACACAAAAUCAUCGGAAGUGAUCUCAGCACCAUUACAUAAAGUCAUGCAUUGUGCGAGAGUUAACUCCAGUAGCACUAUUCCAAGCCAUGGAUUCCAUGGGGAUAAUUCCACCAGCACAGCCACAUGUUACAGAAUCUAGGGGUUUGACCCCAGGUUCACAGUUGCAAGGUAGAAGAUCUGUUCAUCUGGUCCUGCCACCAGAGUUCCAAGAUAUAAACACUGUGGAAUUGACACUAAGACUACCAAUGGAAGACACAAAAUCUGCGGAGUUGACCCCAAAGACAUGGUUACAAGAUGUCAGAUCUGAGAAGAUAGCCCCAGUACUAUUACUUGAAGAUGUGAAAACUCCUCAAAUGGUAGAAUGUAGGAGGUUAAUUCCUGAGACACGUGUGCAAGGUGUGAAAUAUGGGGAAUUGGCCAAAGGGACAGAGCUUCAGGCAGUAAAAGCUGCAGAGAUGAGCCCCAAACCAAAUGAUCAAGACACAGAGCCUGAAAGAUUGACCCAAUGGCCUCAAGCCUCAGAAUCUUUAGAGAUGAUCUCAGAGCCAGGAUAUCAAGAAAAAGAAGCAAAGUUGACCUCUGACACUUGUCACCAAGUGGAAAAGUCUAUUGGGUUGACCCAACCAUCUUUAGGAACUACCCCAGGGCCACUGAGCCAAAUUUCAGAAUCUGUGGAGAUGAGCUCAGUGUCAUUCCAAGAUAAUCUUAAGACAAUGCACCAACUUGGAAAAGCAAUGGGGGAAACUCCAGUGUCACAACACACAACAAAAGAAUCUCUGGAUUUGAUAUCAGGAUCAGAGAUACAAAGUGUGAAAUCAGAGGUAUUGACCACAGAGCCACAGCCCCAUAUGAGGUUUGUUCAUUGCAAUCUAGGGCCAUGUUCAGAAAUUACUGAGUUGUCAGAGGCACCCUCCAUGUCAGAAUAUAAAGACACAGAAACUGUGGGGUUGGCAUUGCCUCAAGUUGGUAAGACCUGGGGAGUUAUCCCAGUACCACCAGAUUCAGAAACAGGAGUUCUGGAGUUGACUCCAGGACCAGGCAUGCAAUAUGAGAAAUCAGAGCCACUAACUGCAAAACUUGAAAUCUGUGGAGUUAACCAGUGAGUCAUCUCCAUUAGUGAUAGUAUCUAAAAAGUUAAUUACAAAACCAAAACCACAUGUUAUCAACCUGACCCCAGGGCCACAAAUCCAGGGAGGAAAGUCUAUGCAGUUGGAUCUAGAGUCACAGUUGCAAGAUAUGAAACAUGAAUUUAAUCCAACAGUCAACUAUAUGAGUGGUAGGAUCAGAGGAGAUGAUACGAGAGAUACUGCUACAAAGUAUGCCAUUGGAGGAUUUGACUAAGAGGGCAGAGCUCCAAGAUGUAAAAUCUGUGGAUAUAAAUCUAGGCCCAUGUCAGCCAAGUGUCAAAUCUUCUGGAAUGACCCCAGGGCCACAGUUGCAAAGUGUCAGAUUUUCAAAGGUAUUUCCAGGGCCACUUCUUCAAGGAGAAAAACCUGUAGAUUUAAUCUCACGAUCCUUACUUUAUGGUGUGAAAUAGGAUGAAUUGUCAGAUUCCCCAGUUCAGGACAUCAAAUCAUCAGAUUUUAUUCCAGACCUAACACCUCAAAGUGUCAAAUUUUUACAGCUGACUCCAGAACCACAACCUCAAGGUGUGAAAUUUGUGGAACUAAACUCAGGACUAGGCUUGCAAGAUGUCAGAUUUUCUGAUUUGAUCCCAGGGUCAAAGAACCAAGGCUUCAAACAUAUGCAGCUGACACCAGGAGCUCAGCCUGAAGAUAUAAAGUCUCUAGGUUUCGUACCAGAGUCAUCUUUGCAGUUAAGCCAAGGGCCACAUGUUGAAAACAUGAAAUCUGUCUACUGAAGGAUCACAGUUUCACAGCAUGAAAUCUGUGAAACUGACCUCAGAACUACCAUUUCAAAAUGUAAAAUCUGAGGAAGUAAACCUAGGGCCUUUGCAGCGAUAUCUCAAAUUUUCUGAAUUGGCUUCAAGGCCAAAGCUGCAAGGUGUCAAAUUUGGGGAUCAAACUCCAGGAUCAGUGUUUCAUAGUGUGAAUUCUGUAGAGGUGGUCCCAGAGUUAGGGCUGCAAGAUUCCACAUUAGCAUAGAUGUCUCAAGGAACUCAAAGCAUGAAACAGAAAGGGCUUAACCCAGAGCUGCAGCUACGAGAUGUCAAAAUUUUUGAUUUAGUACCAGGAACUCAACCUCAGGGUGUGAAAUCAUUAGAGUUAAACUCAGGGCCACAGCUACAAUGUGUACAAUUUUUAGAGUUGACCCUAGGGCCAAAGAUGCAAGGGGUACCACCUCUGCCAAUGGCUCCAGGGCCAGAGGGGCAAGGGGUUAAGCCUGAGUUGUUAGUACCAGAGCCACUGUUUCAAGAUGUAAAAUAUGUAGUAGGCAAUUAAGUGUCAAGCCUUGAAGUUGAAGUUUCCAGUAAAUUAGUCUCAGAGCCACAAAUGCCAGAUGCAGAAUCCAUGGAGUUGACUCUGGGGCCACAAUUGCACAGUGUAAAUCAUUCUGAGUUGACUAGAAAACCAUAGUUACAAGGUAUGAUAUCUUCUGGAUUGAUACAAGGACCACAGUUCCAAGAUGUAAAUCCUGUGGCAGAGAUCCAAGUCUUAAAACUUCAAGGUUAGCUAACCCCAGAGCCACAGCUAGAAGAUAUGAAAUCUGUGGAAUUAAUCCCAGGGCUACAUUUGGGAGAUACGAAAACUAGCAGUUAAUACCAGAGCCAGAAUUGAAAGAUGUCAAAUCUGUGAUGUUAACCCCAGAGCCACAGGCAGGAGGUGUAAAACUUGAGGAGGUAACCCCAGGCUCAAAGCUCCAGUCUGAGUUGCUGACCUCAGGGUCACAAUUAGAGGAUAUGAAAUCUGUGACCUUAACUCCAGGACCAUGCCUGGAAGGGAUGAAAUCUAUGGAAAUAUCUCCAAGUCCACAGCUGGAAGGUGGGAAAUCUGUGGCGAUAACCUUAGGGUCACAGAGAGAAGAUGUCAGAGCUGUGGAAUUCAUCCCUGAUUCAGAGCUUCAAGAUUUUAAAACUGAGGAGUUGGUCCCAGGUACACAGCUGCAAGAUAUGAAAGCUGCAAAAUUAAAAUUUGGGCUAAAGAUGCCAGGUGAGAAGUCUAUGGCUUUUGCACCAUAGCCAUUGCUUCAAGGGGUUAAAUCUAUGGAGACACUUCAAAGGCCUCAGCUACAAAGCAAGAAACCUGAGGAACUGACUUCAGUCCCACAAAUGCAAGAUAUGUAAUUUGUAGAGAUUACUCCAUGUUUAAAGCUUCGAAGUUUAAAAUCUAUAAAGACUCAAGAUCCACAUCUGCAAUGUGUAAAAUCUGUAAAGUUUGCCCCAAGGCAGAAAAGACUGGUAGUAAAGUUUGUGAAUAUAAACAGAGGACAAGAGUUUGAAGAAGUAAAACCUGUGGAUUUAACCCUUGAGCUGGAACAGGAUGGUCAGAUAUCUAUACACUCAUCAGAGCAGCAAUGUGUGAAUUUUGAGCAAGUAAAGAGAGGGUCUGAGUCAGAAAGUGUAAUGUCUUUGGAGUUAAUUCCAGAAUCAAAAUCUGAAUGUAUAAAAUCUGUAGACCUCAAGUCUGACCUACGGUCAAAAGGUAUAAAAUCAUCAGAAUUGACUCCAGAACCAAAUAUGCAAGAUAUAAAAGCUAAAGAGUUCAAACAUGAACCACAGUUGCAAAGUCUGAAAUCUCCCAAGUUGACCCCAGGACCACAGUUGCACCAAGCAAAACCCUUGGGCUCAACUGCAGAUUCACAGCUUCAAAGUGUGAAAAUUGUGGAGUUAAAGAGCCAGAGCUUGGAAGAAUUAAAUCUGUUCAGUGGAUAACAAGACCUGAGUUCCAAGGUGUAAAAUCUGUAGGACUAAAUCUUGGGCCACAGUCUCGAAGUGUCAAACCUGCAGAGUUGAAACUUUCUGUACAGUUGGGAGAUAUGAUAGCAUCUAAAUUGGUUCUAGCACCAAAACUUCAAGGUGCAAAACUGAUGGAGUUUAACCUUGGGCCACAGAUGCAGUGUAUAAAAAUCUCUGAGUUGUCUUCAGGACCUCAGCUGCAAAAAGGAAGAAUACUGGCAUCAACCUCAGAGCCACAACUUCAAGAUUUGCAAACUGUGGAGUUAAACCAAGACCCACAACUUGGCAGUGUGAAACUUCUGCAGUAGAUACUAGGACCUGAAUUCCAAGGUAUAAAAUUGAUAGUGUUAAAUCUUGGUUCACAGUCUCGAGGUGUCAAACCUGCAGAGUUGAAGCCUUCCAUAGAAUCAGGAGGUGUAAAGUCAUCUCAAUUGCCUCUAUGGCCAAAACUUCAAAGUGCAACAUCUAUGGAGUUUAACCUUGGGUCACAGUUGCACUGUGUGAAAGCUCCUGAGUUGUCUCAAGGACCACAGCUGCAAAAAAGGAAAAUUCUAGCAUCAAGCUCAGAGCCACAACUUCAAGGUGUGAAAACUGUGGAGUUAAACCAAAACUCACGGCUUGGAAGUGCAAAAUCUGUGCAGUGAAUACCAGGACCUGAGUUCCAAGAUGUAAAAACUGGAGGGCUGAAUCUUU